AUGUCGCAGAAUCAGUCAUAUUUUUGGCAAACCACCAAACAUAAUGUAUUUCUCAAACGCUCGGCCAGAUUACAAAUGCUACUAGCACUUAUGGCCGUGCUGACAUUCUCCACCAUAUGUCAAGCAGAGGUGGCACGCAGAGAAGUUGAUGAAAAUGUAGCCACAUUAAGUGCACCAAGCGCCUUCCCCGAUGACAAACAGUAUGCAAAAGAUGCCAUAAACGUGAAUGCAGGAAAUGAAUUAAAUGAAAAUGAUGCCACCAAUGAACCGAAAACGAAUACCGGUUUUAUCGAUGCGUUCUCCGCAUCGAUAUCAGUAAUUUUAUUUACUGAAUUAGGUGAUAAGACUUUUUUCAUUGCUGCCAUUAUGGCGAUGCGCCAUCCGCGCUUAAUCGUCUUUGCUGGCGCCAUAUCAGCGCUGGCGCUGAUGACCGUACUCUCGGUGGUGUUUGGCAUGGCAGCAACUAUUAUUCCUAAGGUUUAUACAUAUUACAUUUCAACUGCAUUGUUUGCCAUAUUCGGUUUGAAAAUGAUCUAUGAGGGUUACUUCAUGAAGGAUAGUGAUGCACAGGAGGAAAUGGAAGAGGUGCAAUCAACUUUACGUAAACGUGAGGAUGAGUUGAUGCGUUCAAAGCGUGGCAAAUACGAUGAUGCUGAUGCCAAACGUAAGAACAGCAACUCGGACAAAGAUGAUGAAGACUUGGAGCGUGGCGCUGGCGCCAUAACCAACGGCACAAACGGCAACAACAUCACCUCGAACACCUCGUCCAUCACCACUGUCGUCACACAUAACAAAAAUCCCGAAAUGUCGCAUCGACAACGCAAACAUAACAACAAUAAUAAUCAUAAUAAAAAUACAAAUAAAAAUAGCUGUGAUGUAGUAAGCAACAAGGAUGCCGCUGAUUCGGAUAAUAGCAGCUGUCAUGAGAAUGAUGUCUUCCUAAAUGGUGUGAUGAAUGGUGGUGGUAGUGUUAUUGGUGUUGGUGUUGAUAUAAUCGAAAACAAAAACCUAAACACCUACCAUAGCAGUCCGGCAUUAUCGGCAUCCGUGCUUUCAAAUCAAACCGAACAAACGAAUUGUGAUGAAUUUACUAAUAGUCCCAAUAAGAUUAAUUUUAAGACUAAUAACGAUAGUGGCGAUGAUGAGGGCAUUUGCGAGGAUAAUUCUACAGUCGAUAGUAAUGGCCUUGCUGGUACACCAUUGCAUGACACACGUCAUGGUGGUAAACUAACUAAAACAGGUAGUUUUGAUCAUUCAACAACGGCUAUGGUGCAUUCAGCAUCUCAAUCAGCUGUCGUUUUUUUGCACAACAACAACAAUAAGCAUGGAAUCAUUACAGGCAAAAAUAAUAGUGUAACUAGCUUAAAUAGCCUGAGCCUCAACUCGAAUGGUGGUGUGGUGACUGUGGUGGGCGGUGGCGUUAUCGUCGGUGGACAGCCAAAUGGCGAGUUGAAACAACUCGGCGGCAGCAAGAAGCGGCUGGAACGUUCUGCUAGCUUGGUACAGGAUGCUGAGAGCGGCGUGGUACGCAAAAUUCCAAAGAAGAGUGCAGCGCAUGUUAGUAUGCGCAUACUGAUGCAGGCCUUCACGAUGACUUUUCUAGCCGAAUGGGGCGAUCGUUCGCAACUCACAACCAUUAUUUUGGCCGCUAGCAAGAAUGUCUAUGGCGUUAUUACCGGUGGUAUUAUUGGUCACUCCAUUUGCACAGGUUUGGCUGUGAUCGGUGGGCGUAUGGUGGCUGCGAAAAUUUCUGUACGCACUGUAACCAUAAUUGGUGGCAUUGUAUUUGUUGGAUUUGCUGUGUACGCUUUAAUUGUAAAACCAGAUGAUAUUUAAAGUACAAUUUAAUCGAAUGAAAAAAUGUAUACUACAAAAAAUGAUUGGACGUUUAUGGAAACAACAAAUAGUAUUUAGUUUAUUCUUACAUAUUGCUUUUGUUUUUUUUUUUUACAAAGUGCUCAAAUUCUUUUACAAUUUCGUUCAUGUAUAUUUUUCUGCUCAAAUAUUUAGUCUGAUAUUUUCACAACUUUCACAACUAAAGUGCACUUAACGCUGUUUUGCAAUGUUAAAAUGAGUUUAUAAAAAAAAAUAAAAAUAAUUAAACAAAUUAAAAUGUAAUAAGCAAAUUAUAUGACAUUUUCAGUUGUUAUAUCAAUGAAAAAGACACAAAUUUCUCUACCUUCAAGUUCACUUUCGAAAAAGAAAAUGUAAAACUUUUUAUUUUAUAAUAAAUAUUUUUUUGCAAAAUAUUUUUUUCUUGCGCUUAUAAACACGUUUUUGUAUAUUUUUUUUUUAUUUUUUGCCAAAUUACUUAACGAAGCCGGCUGUUUUUUUCAUAUAUUGUACGAGUUUCCAAAACUUAUGCAGGGAAGUAGUAUGUAAGCGUCGGGUGGCAAGGAAAAAUUCAUUAAGUACAUAUUGUACAAACACAAAAUUUUUUCCGAUUAACUCAAAAGUCGCUGUCUUUCUUUUAUUGUAAACCAAAGUUAUAAAUAAUUGCUUUUUCAAAUUCAUAAAAGUAAUCUUAUUUGUAGUUUUUUGUAACACCUUUUUUUAAUUUUUUUUUUUUUUUUAUUUUUGCUACUCUUCAUUCUAAAGUGCUUAAUGAACUUUUCCUUUCAACCAACGUUUCAGAUAUGUAUGUUAAACAAAUGUAAAAAAAUAUAUAUACAUCUAAUUUUAUAAAGUAUUUUGUAAAUCAACAACUAUGGACAAUUGACGAUUUCCACAUACAGAUUAUUAUGCGUAACACACGUAUCAAAUUUGACAAAACCAAAAUGCUAAACCGUUAUUCAAGUAUUGUGUAUUGUGUUUGCUAAGUAUAGAAAAAAAAGUGAAAACACCAGAAAAAAAAACGAAAAUUAGUUUAUUAAAAAAAUAAAAGCAGCAUAAUUCAAGCAAAAUUGUAUAUGAAAA